AUGGGCACAAAGGUGUUUUUGCUUUGUGAGGAACACGAAGUUGGAGGAAUUGGGCACGAAAGAGCUAGGACUUCUGGCAUAGGACCACAACUGAGAGCACCUAGACCACAACUGAGAGCACCUAGACCACAACUGAGAGCACCUCGACUAAAACUGAGAGCACCAAAACUGAGAGCACCUAGACCAAAACUGAGAGCACCUAGCCCACAACUGAGAGAACCUAGACCACAACUGAGAGCACCUAGACCAAAACUGAGAGCAUCUAGACCAAAACUGAGAGCAUCUAGACCACAACUGAGAGCACCUAGAAUACAACUGAGAGCACCUAGACCACAACUGAGAGCACCUAGACCAAAACUGAGAGCACCAAAACUGAGAGCACCUAGACCAAACCUGAGAGCACCUAAACCACAACUAAGAGCACCUAGACCAAAACUGAGAGCACCUAGCCCACAACUGAGAGCACCUAGACCAAAAAUGAGAGCACCUAGACCACAACUGAGAGCACCUAGACCAAAACUGAGAGCACCUAGACCAAAACUGAGAGCACCAAAACUGAGAGCACCUAGACCAAAACUGAGAGCACCUAGCCCACAACUGAGAGCACCUAGACCACAACUGAGAGAACCUAGACCAAAACUGAGAGCACCAAAACUGAGAGCAUCUAGACCAAAACUGAGAGCACCUAGCCCACAACUGAGAGCACCUAGACCAUAA